GCAUAACGCGCGGUGCCCGCGGGGGACGGGCCGGGCAGAGCCCCCGGGACCCUCCUGCCGCUGGGACCGGGCGGGCGCUGCCGUCCCCGCCGGGCGCCCCGAGCGGCCCGGCCCCUCACGGGAGACGCGAAACUACAUGGGAAAUAACCAAAACUGUGUAAAAGCAGCGGAGAGAACGGCAGCAGUUCCGGGUGCACCAUGGCCGAGCCGAAGUCGGUGUGUGUUUCGGUGGACGAAGUGGUCUCCAAUGGCACAGACACCCAAGACAUUCGGCUCAUGAAUGGACACUUAAAAAAGGUGGACAAUGCUCUGACAGAGGCUCACCGUUUCUCCUACCUACCCCGCAGACCAGCCGUGAACAUUGAGUUUAAAGAACUGUCCUACUCCAUCCAAGAAGGGCCGUGGUGGAGGAAGAAAGGUUAUAAGACCCUUUUGAAAGGAAUUUCAGGGAAGUUCAGCAGUGGAGAACUUGUUGCAAUUAUGGGUCCUUCAGGAGCUGGGAAGUCAACGCUUAUGAACAUUCUGGCAGGAUACAGAGAGACGGGAAUGAAAGGAGAAAUCCUCAUCAAUGGGCAGCCCCGGGACCUGCGCUCUUUCCGCAAAGUCUCCUGCUACAUCAUGCAGGAUGACAUGCUCCUUCCUCACCUGACCGUCCAGGAAGCUAUGAUGGUAUCUGCUCAUCUGAAACUUCAAGAGAAAGAUGAAGGGAGAAGAGAAAUGGUAAAGGAAAUACUGACAGCCCUCGGUUUGCUGACCUGUGCCAACACGAGGACUGGGAGCCUUUCUGGAGGCCAGAGAAAGCGUCUUGCCAUUGCUUUGGAGCUGGUGAACAACCCCCCUGUCAUGUUUUUUGAUGAACCAACCAGUGGCUUGGACAGUGCAUCAUGUUUUCAGGUUGUCUCUCUGAUGAAGGCUUUAGCCCAGGGUGGCAGGUCCAUCAUCUGCACCAUCCACCAGCCCAGUGCAAAACUGUUCGAGCUGUUUGAUCAGCUCUAUGUUUUAAGUCAAGGUCAAUGCAUUUACCGUGGGAAGGUAACAAACCUAGUCCCUUACUUGAGAGAUUUGGGUUUGAAUUGCCCAACCUACCACAAUCCAGCAGAUUUUGUUAUGGAAGUGGCAUCUGGCGAAUACGGGGACCAGAACAGCCGGCUGGUCAGGGCCGUGCGGGAGAGGAUUUGUGACACCGACUACAAGAGGGAUGUGGGUGGUGAGAACGAGCUGAACCCCUUCCUCUGGCACCGGCCUUCUGAGGAGGAUUCCUCCUCCACAGAAGGCUGCCACAGCUUCUCUGCCAGCUGCCUAACCCAGUUCUGCAUCCUCUUCAAAAGAACUUUUCUCACCAUCAUGAGGGAUUCGGUCCUGACACACCUGCGUAUCACCUCACACAUUGGCAUCGGGCUGCUCAUCGGGUUGCUCUACCUGGGCAUUGGCAAUGAAGCUAAAAAAGUCCUCAGCAACUCCGGCUUCCUCUUUUUUUCCAUGUUGUUUCUCAUGUUUGCUGCGCUCAUGCCAACUGUCCUCACCUUUCCCCUUGAGAUGGGAGUGUUUCUCAGAGAGCAUCUGAACUACUGGUACAGCCUGAAAGCCUAUUACCUCGCCAAAACCAUGGCUGAUGUUCCUUUUCAGAUCAUGUUUCCUGUGGCUUACUGCAGCAUCGUGUACUGGAUGACUUCACAGCCAUCUGAUGCUCUCAGAUUUGUCCUCUUCGCAGCCUUGGGAACCAUGACAUCCCUGGUGGCUCAGUCCCUGGGCCUUCUCAUAGGUGCAGCCUCUACAUCCCUCCAGGUGGCAACAUUUGUGGGCCCAGUUACUGCCAUCCCAGUUCUUCUCUUCUCUGGGUUUUUUGUCAGCUUUGAUACCAUCCCAACAUACCUCCAGUGGAUGUCCUACAUUUCCUAUGUCAGGUACGGGUUCGAAGGAGUUAUUCUCUCCAUCUAUGGACUGGAUCGGGAAGAUCUGCAUUGUGACAAAGACGACACUUGCCAUUUUCAAAAAUCAGAGGCCAUCCUGAGAGAACUGGAUGUAGAAAAUGCCAAACUUUACCUGGACUUCAUUGUUCUCGGAAUUUUCUUCUUCUCUCUGCGCCUGAUUGCCUAUUUCGUUCUCAGAUACAAAAUCCGAGCGGAGAGGUAAAGGAGAAGCAGCUAAACCAAUGCAGUAGGGAGAUCUUUAGACAUGCAAAUAGAGGGCACUUGACAUUGUCUCACUGUGGCAGGCUGGUCCCCAGUGCCCAGCCAGAUGCUGUUCUGACCGAGCCCAUGGAGAGCCACAAUGGGAUAGUGGACAUACAGUGUUAAGCCAAUCAGUCCAGUUGGGUUGGGUCAUGUUUUCAUUACACUUUCUAGCUUUAACUAGGAAGAAGAACUAGAAGGGAAUUUUACACCACAGAGUAUCAAAACCGAGGCAGUGUAACUGUGAUAAAAAACCUGCCUGCAGGAGCUUUCCUUAUGAAAACCAAUUUCGGGAUAAGGUUGCUGGGAUAUAAGUCCUGGUAGCCAGAAUAGUAUAAUGUCCUCUCUAGUUGACAAGGUAAUGAGAUGCAAAAUGAGGAAUGCAAUGAAAAUAGGAUUCUCUCAUCUUUUUAAAUCUAGAGUUUCAUCUUUGCGGUUUUUCUAUAUAUUAUUUUGCAAUUCUUUUCCACAGAAUUACCCCUUCUGGCCAAAAGUCUGUAAAUGUAUUAAUAAGGUAAAGACAUCUUUUUAAUAUGGAUACUUUUUUAAAGCAAACCUAAAGUGAUUCAAGUAAUUAUUUUUGUUUCUGUCUGAAUUUAGAAUUCUGGUGCUUUACUUGUCGAGCUGGUCUCAUAUCUGAAAACUGUAAUAAUAGGAGGAAAAGGCAGAUUCCGAGUCUGCACUAAACCUCUGGUCCUAUUUGGAAGCAUCCCUGAAUAGCACACGCAGUUAGACAUGUUCAAGCUGUCACUGAACGGUUGAAAAAAAACAUUAUUUUGCAGUGUCUUUUAAAUCCUUGGUAUUUGUGAUAUUCAAAAUACUAACUCUGCUCAUUACCUGUUUGAUCUACCUCCUGUGAAUAUAAAAAUCAAAGCACUCCAAGGCUCAUUUUUUUCUUAAAUUGUGAAAGCAGAAUUUGUCCCUAAAGUGAUUGUUAAAGCCUGAUGGAGUGCAAGAGUUGUCCAGAGAUCAAAGCCUGGGGUACUGUGUUAAAACACUUGUGACUGCCUCAUACAGCAGGAGUCAUUUUGUCUGCACUGUGUAGAACCCUCCUGAAACAUACAGAUGACCUUGUAAUCCUGCAGAUCUAAUUAUGCCAGGUAGUUCUGUUCUCAUCCUAAAGUCCACGUGCACAACAUGGGAAUCAAUAGCUACUUCAUCUAAACAUCAAUGAAACUGUUGUUCUGUGUAUCUCAGCUUUGUAAAUUUGGUAGGGGGAAUUCUGGUUCCAAGCUGAUGUGGAUUUUGUCACCAAUUUUGAUGGGUUUGGAUUUUCAAAUCUUAAGUGGAACCGUGGGGCCCAUACUCGUGUUGGACACCUUGAUGAACUUCAGUGCAAAUCCCACCGCCUUCUGCCAUUUCUGUGAAUUUAUCUUGGUGUCCCAAACCUCUGAGUGAGACCUACACUCUCUGCAAAUGUAUUAUUCCUGUCAGGAUGCUGAAGUCUUGUGGGUUGGAAGCAGCUCAAUGUCAGCAAAACAUGCAGGAGCUCAACAGCUCGUGGCAGUAGAGUAGAUAAGAGAGACCUUGUGCAUCUGCUGGCCCUCUCUGUUUUCAGAGACUCCAUGGCUAUGUCUAUACUAGCGAAACAAAUAGUGCCAGGGCCAGCUCUGUUAGUCCUCAAAUGACUGGGGCUGAUAGGAAUGGUCCCUGUACUGACUUCUAAACAGAGCCAUUGUCUGGAAAAGCUCUGGCUGUGCUGGGCUGCAGCUCUGCCAUUGUUUCCCAGUUUUCCUGGCCUGUGCCCAGGCUCUGUUUAAUUUACCAAUACAGACCAAGUAUAUCUGUUAAACUCAGGACAUUUGAAUUAAACCUGUGUUCUGGAAGACUUUAAAUCGAGUCACAUAUUUUGGGAAGGUUAGCUGAACCUUCCCUGAAAGUAAGAUUGGCCUUUGAAAGCAAGGUCAAUCUUCAGUGUAGAAGAAAACCAAAAUCCUUUCACAGCCUCUUUGCAUAAUUUUUGUUGCUGUUUUUUCUCCAAAAUCUUUCGUACAGCUCUGCAGCUUUUCCAGGCAUAAUCACAAGCAGGUAUGGACCUGUAUGGCUGUCAGAUUUGAGAAAUUAAGAAUUUUAGCUAUUCUAAAUAAUACUCAUAACUGUGAACAGUUUGUAAAUAAUUCACAAGUCUGAAAUCCCUCAGCACAACAUGCCUUGACUAUUUCAAGACUCUCAAAGUAUUUGUGAAUAUUUUACAGGCAGUUCAAACACUGUUUGCAGGCAGACAAAAGAAUACAUUUGCCAAAUGACUCUUUGGUUGCACACCCGCUGGUCCAGCUGCAGGCUGGCUGAGUGUGAGAGAGUGUGACAUCCAGGGCAUUGAACACCUUCAGGGCUCAUGUGUUGUGUUUACCAGCACCAUUUACCAAAUACCACACUGAAAAUCCC